GACUCCCGCGAGGGCUCCGUUCUUAGGUUAGUUCCGAGUCUGGACCCUGGAAGUAGCCACCGUGUUGCGUCGGUUGUGCAGGAAGAAGUAGUAUGCUCCGUACCGUGCUCUCCCGGUCCCUUCCCGGACUGAGCAGACCGCUGGUGUGUAACUACUCGGCGGCCGCUAUCCCUGCACCCAGCACCCAGCCCGAGGUCCACUACAACAAGCUGUUCAUCAACAACCAGUGGGUGGAUGCAGCGAGUGGAAAAACCUUCCCUACCAUCAACCCUGCAACUGGUGAAGUCAUCUGUCAAGUGGCAGAGGCUGAUGGGGCAGAUGUGGACAAGGCGGUGAAAGCGGCACGUAAUGCCUUUAGGCUGGGGUCACCGUGGCGACGGAUGGACGCCUCUCAUCGCGGCCUGCUACUCAACCGAUUGGCCGAUGCCAUUGAGAGGGAUUCUGCUUACCUUGCUGAACUGGAGACCCUUGACAAUGGGAAGCCAUAUGCUUUAUCCUACACAGUGGAUCUGCCCAAUGUGGUGAAAUGUUUGAGGUACUAUGCCGGCUGGGCUGACAAAUGGGAGGGAAAGACUAUCCCCAUCGAUGGAGAUUAUUUCUGCUACACCAGACAUGAACCCAUUGGAGUCUGCGGACAGAUCAUACCGUGGAACUUCCCUCUGUUAAUGCAGGCCUGGAAGCUGGGCCCUGCUCUCGCCACGGGAAACACUGUGGUGAUGAAGGUUGCAGAGCAGACACCACUCACAGCUCUCUAUGUAGCCAGCCUGAUUAAAGAGGUGGGUUUUCCUGAAGGUGUUGUGAACAUCCUGCCAGGCCUCGGACCGUCAGCCGGCGCUGCCAUCGCAAAGCACAUGGAUAUUGACAAGGUGGCCUUCACCGGGUCUACAGAGGUCGGUCACUUGAUUCAGCAGGCUUCAGGCAACAGCAACCUGAAAAAAGUCACUCUAGAGCUCGGAGGAAAGAGUCCUAACAUCAUCCUGUCUGACGCCAACAUGGAAGAUGCCGUGGAGCAGUCCCACUUUGCUCUGUUUUUCAACCAAGGCCAGUGCUGCUGUGCCGGCUCUCGGACUUAUGUCCAGGCAGACAUCUACGAUGAGUUUGUGGAGCGUAGUGUGGUGCGAGCUCAGAAACGAGUGGUGGGAAACCCUUUUGACUUGAAGACGGAGCAGGGUCCUCAGGUAGAUCAGGAGCAGUUCAACAAGAUCCUGGGCUACAUCAGCAGCGGGAAGAGAGAGGGAGCCAAGCUGAUGUGUGGCGGAGGAGUGGCUGCAGACAGAGGGUACUUCAUCCAGCCCACUGUGUUUGGAGACGUUCAGGACAACAUGACCAUCGCCAGGGAGGAGAUCUUUGGUCCAGUGAUGCAGAUCCUGAAGUUUAAAACACUGGAGGAGGUGGUGACCAGAGCCAAUGAUACCAAAUAUGGUCUUGCAGCCGCUGUGUUUACUAAGGACAUCGAUAAGGCCAGCUACGUUUCCAACGGGCUGCGCGCAGGCACAGUCUGGAUUAACUGCUAUGAUGUGUUUGGGGCCCAGGCUCCGUUUGGAGGUUACAAGGCUUCUGGUAAUGGCAGAGAGCUUGGAGAAUACGGCCUGGACAACUACACAGAAGUCAAAACGGUGACCAUGAAGGUACCACAGAAGAACUCUUAGACACGUGAUGAGCCCAGUUAGCAGCUGUUUGAUGUGUCCUCUCAGCUGCGCUCCAAGAUCCUGCGCCUGCAAUCUGUAGCCAUUCUGAGUAAUUCAGCUGUCUGUCACACAUGCAUACUACAUACCUGCUGUAAGAGGAGAUCCCACACAUGAGCUUUUUGCUUUAAAAAUGCACCACACCAUGCAACGUCCAUCACAGUUUUCCACCUGAUUCAGAGUCAUCCUAAACUUACAAGAACAUAAUGUCUGUUUGUACGCUACACAGUUUGACAUUUAUACGUUUUACGUAAUAAUAAAUGCAUUUGAAGCAC